GCCGCUGCGGCAGUACGCCCGACAGCGGACUCCGAGAGACCAGCAGAUCUCGGUGAACCCUUGCUCUCUCGACUACCCUCCAGGGACUCUCGGAACCAUGGCAGCAGUGGCAGCGGCCUCGGCUGAACUGCUCAUCAUCGGCUGGUACAUCUUCCGCGUGCUGCUGCAGGUGUUCCUGGAAUGCUGCAUUUACUGGGUAGGAUUCGCUUUUCGAAAUCCUCCAGGGACACAGCCCAUUGCGAGAAGUGAGGUGUUCAGGUACUCCCUGCAGAAGCUGGCGUACACGGUGUCCCGGACCGGGCGGCAGGUGCUGGGGGAGCGCCGGCAGCGAGCCCCCAACUGAGGCCGCAGCUCCCAGCCCUGGGCGGCCGUAUCAUCAGGUGCUCCUGUGCAGCUCAACCAGCAUGGGAGCCAGCGCCGCGCAGGAAUGGGGGGUCCCCUGUGCUCCCUCGCCAGAGGAGCACUUGCCAAGGUCAGUGAGGGGC